UAACUUUAUUCCACACACACCAUAUUUAUUUCAAAGUUAAUUUUCUCUCUCUUCACCAAAGAAAUCUGGAAAACUCUCUCAUUCUCAAACAAACCCUAGCCGCCGCCUCCUCCCUCCUUCAGUGUCUCCGGCGGUCGUUACAUUGCUCCACCAUCUUCAUUUUUGAAAAUCCAUCACCAUAAAAAGAGUCCCCUCCAUCUUCUCUACAAAACCCAUUUAAAAAUAUCAGGAACGGACAACCUUCGCCGGUGACCACCAUUCCGGAGCUUGCAACCACCGCGCCGGGAAAGAGCUUACGUGUUUUCAUCCCAAUCUUGUGAAACCGUGAAAGCAGAAAAAAAAUGAAAACGAUUACAGGACAUUGUGAAUCAUCUAAAGAGAUAUCACUUUCAAAAGCUUCAAAAAUUCUCUCCAAAUUUGUCUCUGCUGACAACGGUGCUUCCCAUGUCAUCAACGCUUAUCUGCUCCGUGCUUCUACGGCGUUCAACGAGCUCAAUCAGCUUCAUAAGGAGCUUAAACCGGCGCAGUCUCAUAGGAAGAAUCGUCGAAGCCACACAACGGAUGAUAGUGGUAGACUGGUUGAAAGUUCUGUUCGGAUUGAUGUUAAACUUGGUCGAGAAGUUGUUGGUUCUGUCGUGGGUAGAAGUGAGAAGCGUGAUAAGAAAGAUGGAAAGAAGAAACUUGAAUUUGGAGAGAGCGUAAAGAAGAAUGGAAGUGAGUUAAAUCAGGGUGAUGAAGGAAGAACGGAGGGAAAGAAGCAAAAGAGCGAGAAAAAGAACAAGAAGAAGGAAAAGAGUGUAGAAGGUGAGAAUGUGAAGGUUGAAAGUGGAGGGAUAGUUCCUCCUCAGGAGUUAGAAAUUAGGUCGAAAAGGAGAAAUGAAGCGGGGAGUAAAAAGGAGAAGAGUUUAGAAGUUGGAAAUGUGAAGGGACAAGAACAACAUAAAGAGGUGGAGAAAAAACUAAGCAAUGGUGUGAAGAGUGAAAGUGGAGGGCUAGUUGGUUCUCAGGAUGUAGAAAUUAGGUCGAAAAAGAAGCAUGAAGCUGGGAGUGAGAAUAAAUUACAUGCUGGAGAGGAAAAGACGGAGCAAAGGAAGAAGAGGAAGAAUGAAGACGCAGAAGAGAGAUCUGGGGAGAAGUCUAAGAAGAAAAUGAAAAGAAAACACGAGGGUUAAGCUUAAAUUUAGGUCGUUAUUAAAUUUGCUUGAUAGCCAACCCCACUUAGUGGGAUAAGGCCUGGUUGUUGUUGUAGUAGUUGUUAAAUCUUUUUCAAUUUUGAUCAGGAAUUUUCACGUGCAAGGUUGCUUACAUUGUGGCAUCACUUUUUGUACUAUCAUAUAACAUAAGAGGGAUUUGCUUAUUGAUUCCUCUAUUACAUUGUUUUUGUCAUACUAGGGUUAUGCUUAAAUUUACAUGUUUACUAGACUCACUUGAUCGCUGUUAAAUCGUUUUGGAAAUUGAUGACAAAUUUUCACUUGUAA